GGAUUUGUAUGCUCCAACUGGAUGCAGAUCAUCGUGACGGUCCAACGUCGCGCCGAAAUCAUCAUCGACGGCUUACAUUUGAAGAAUGACCUGGACUCGCUUGUGCGCACUGCGGGUGCCUUUUGCACUGCAUGAGCAUUGAGAUCAACCAACUCUAGCUUGCAACUUCUUCUGAUUGUGGAUGAUGUUAACGCGGGUGUCAACGGUACUGAAAGGGGCGGUGGCUGCAAUGGCAUUGUGAAAGGCCCGGGUGUGUGAUUGGAGCGGCUGGGUGACGGCGACGAGGCGAGAGGAGGUAGACACCAGCGUGCUUCACGCAGGUUUUGUUUCAGGGGCAGGGACCAUUUGUCGUGCAGGCACAAAGGGGCCAGCGUGUUGUCCAACUUGCGAGUUGCGCAGACGCAUUCAGCAUCAUGGGACAAAAUCAGAGCCAGGACAACAACCUUCCUGAGGGGGAGGACUAUGACGAGGAGAGGGAUGUCACUGUGACGCCUGAGAAGCAGGCGCCGGUAGGAACGGCAAAGUUGUACCAACAUACUGGUGGGGUGCAGACGGGGAAGUGGGCGCUUGUCAAUCCCUCAGUCACCCCUCGGUUCUUGCUCGAAGGUGGGGAGGGGUCCGAUGAGGAGGAGGAGGAUGAGAGAGAGGAGGAGGAGGCAGGCAGCGGGGACAGGGUGUGGUACUUGGCCGUGGGAAAGAGGGAAGUGCUGGCCGCGGUGUCAAAUGAGCUCAACCUGCAGUCCAAUCCGCAGCAGAAGAGGGUGGACUUCGUUGCCAAUGGUGUCUGGGCUUUGCGCUUCAAGGAAGAAGCAGACUACAAAGAGUUUGUGGCUGAGUACGAGGCAGCGCUGUUUGAGAACAACUACGGCAUGGAGCUAACAACAGAGAACCAGGCCAAAGUUUUUGGUCAGGACUAUGCACUGGCCUUUGGGAAGGGGCAGGAUGCGGACGAGAUGAUGUUUGACGCAGAGGAAGAGCCCAGCACGCCGCCCCCUCAAGGGCGCCUCCGAGAAACCCGGACCAACUCCACCCCGGGGCGGACCGCUCAGAUGUUGACCAUGGGGGCCAUGGGCAAGAGUUACGUGCUGCACUCGGGGGGCUUGGACGUGUUCCGGAACAUGAGGGAGGGCAUUGAUUCUGAUGACAUCACCAUCAAGUACCCGACGACCCCAGGAUACAUGACCCCCAGGAAAGCGAUGCUGAUGAGGGGAGAGACGAACAUGAUGUUGCUGAGUCCGCAGCAGGGGGCUCUACAGGCGUCGAGCGUGCACCAGCUGGACAUUGAGUCGGGCAAGGUGGUGGCGGAGUGGAAGUUUGCCAAGGACGGGGUGGACAUCGGCAUGCGCGACAUCACCAACGACACCAAGGCCGCGCAGCUGGACAGCAGCAGGGCCACGUUCAUGGGGCUGGACGACAACCGCCUCGUGCGCUGGGACAUGCGCGACAGGAACGGCAUCGUGCAGGAAAUUGCGUCCCCGACCUUGAACUGGUCGGAGGGCCACCAGUUCAGCCGCGGCACCAACUUCAACUGCAUGGCCACCACGGGGGACGGCUUUGUGGCGGUGGGCAGCGUGGACGGCAAGGUGCGCCUCUACGGCACCACCAGCAUGCGGCAGGCCAAGACGGCCUUCCCAGGCCUCGGCUCGCCCGUCACCAGCAUCGAUGUGACGUACGACGGGCGGUGGAUCCUGGCGACGACGGACACGUACCUGAUGCUGAUCAGCACCAUCUACCGCGACAAGAAGGACGGCCGCGAGAAGAACGCCUUCCAGGGCCGCGCGGGGUCCCAGAUUGCGGCGCCGCGGCUGCUGAAGCUGAACCCGGUGGACGCGCACGCGGCGGGGCCGGGGCACAAGUUCCGCAACGGGCAGUUCUCGUGGGUGACGGAGGCGGACGCGCAGGAGCGCAACCUGGUGGCCACGGUGGGGCAGUACUCGGUGGUGUGGAACUUCCGGCGGGUGAAGCAGUCGGGCCACGAGUGCUACGCGCACCAGACGGGCGUCAAGACGUGCUACUGCUACAAGAUCGUGCCCAAGACGGAGUCCAUCGUCGACAGCAAGUUCAUGCACGACAGCUUCCUCGGGGCCGCGUCGCCGGAAGCGCCGCUGGUGGUGGCCACGCCCGCGCAGGUGUCGUCGUUCAACGUCUGAUCGAGCAACACGCCUUGCGGGGCCUGCAGCUCGGACGGGUCGGGGGGGGCGCCGCUUUGCGACUCGGGUUGUUGCCGCGAACGACAGAGAAUGAGGGGCUUAAGAAAGGGAACGACCCAAGUAUUGUGCCUGUACAUAUGAACCGGACUGUUGGCUGUUUGAGCUGCUUCGAAGCUGGUACAAGGUGCAGCAAGAUGGACGUGGGACAACAAGUGCAAAGCUUUGGAUCCUCGCCGUAUGUGUAAGCCUCAGAAUGUGUUCAGCGAAAGUGCCUGAUUGUUUUGGUGUUCUACUGUAUGUAGUUUCAGACCAUGUUUCUGGUGCAGCCUGGUCUUUCCUUCCUUGGAGUAUUCACUGUCGCUGUAUUUUUGUCCAGUGGUUCCAGCCUCUUG